AUGGAUGCUGAGGGCCCCCCUUCUUGGCCCCAGCUGCUGGGCCUCCGCCAUGCUCGGGCUGAGGAUGGAGAUCUGAUUCGGGGCUUUGCCCUGACUCUCACUGGCAGAUGCUACCUUGGUUUUUCACUCUCUCGUGGCCUUUGGACAUUGAGUUUUUGUAGAAAUGCUGACCACAUUGCAAAUGGAACUCUCUGCCCAGAAGACACAUGGAUUUUUGCUUUUCCUUCUUUGACAGUUGACUCUGUCUUAGGGACUGACCCUCCAGCAUCAAAGAAAUACGUAUCCACCAAAGUUUGUGAUGCCUGCAUAGAUGCUUACUUGUAA